AAUUUAAGUAAAUAAUUCUGUUCAGCAUUCAAGACUCAAAUAUUUAAUCUUAAUUAUUAUUAAUUUUCAUUGUCGUAAGUCGUUACUUAUAAUAUUUUGUGAACACAUUUAAAUUUAUACGAAAACCCCCGGUAAUAAUUUCAUGAUGCAUUGUGACGAAUUUGGCGAUGGCUUAGACAAUAAUUGUGUCGUUAAUCCUGACAAAGAUCCAGUUAACUCAGUAAUAUUUGGUGUUAACAGAAGGGCGAAAUUUUCAAGAAAAGAAUCUAAGGACAAUCAAAAACUUAAUGGAAAAAGUAGUAAUGGACUACAAAAAAAAGCAUCUGACGAUAAAAAAAAUGGUUAUGUUUCUGCCAUGUUCAGAAAUAAUCCACAAGUUUCAGUACCUUUAGUUCAAAAACCAGUUGCUAGUAAAAAUAAAACCUCAUUAUUUUCUACUACGACUUUUAAAGAUCUUAUUGACUUGCAUCCUCACAUGGUAGCAAAUUUAGAACAAACAUUAAGAGUAACUAAGUUAACAACUGUUCAAAGUCAAGCGAUUCCAGUCUUACAAUCUGGUAAAGAUGCUAUGGUUCAAUCAGAAACUGGAAGUGGAAAAACAUUUGCUUAUGCAGUUCCUCUUAUAGAAUCAUUACACAAAAUCCGUCCAAAACUUAAACGAACAGAUGGUCUUCGAGCUUUAAUAAUAUUACCAACUAGGGAAUUAGCACUUCAGACUUAUGACAAUUUUGUUAAACUUCUAAAACCUUAUACAUGGCUUGUGCCUGGAAUGUUUACUGGUGGUGAAAAAAGAAAAUCUGAAAAAGCCCGAAUGAGAAAAGGUAUCACAAUAUUAAUUGGUACGCCAGGAAGAUUAUUAGACCAUGCUAAUAAUACUAAGUCUAUAUCGUUUAAAACACUUCAAUGGAUGGUAAUUGAUGAAGCUGAUAGAAUGCUUGAUCUUGGAUAUGAAAAAGAUAUAACAAGCAUUUUGCAAGUUAUCGACGAGCAGCGUGAUGAAUCUGUAUCACGUCAGACAGUAUUGCUAUCAGCAACAUUAUCUGAAGGAGUUCAAAAACUUGCCGGACUAUCCUUAAAAGAACCUGAGUAUAUUGAUGCAACUUCCAUUGGUGAUACAGAUCCUGAAUGUUUAGCAAUACCUGAUAGUCUUGUACAAUAUUAUGUUAUUGCCCCUCCCAAGUUGAGAUUGGUAACUCUGUCUGGAGUUCUCCUUCAAAAGUUACAGAGAGGGCAAUUGUCUAGUAAAACAUUAGUCUUCAUGGCUACUCAAGAUAUGGUUGACUUCUAUACCGAUUUAUUGACUACAGUUUUAACUUGUUUGACCAUGUUCAAGUUACACGGAAACAUGACUCAAGUAGAACGAAUGGAAGUAUUUAAGUCUUUUAAAGCAGCUAACCAUGGAGUUUUAUUUUGCACAGAUGUAGCAUCUAGAGGUCUAGAUUUACCGCUAGUGGAUCGUAUAAUACAAUACAAUGCUCCUAUAACACCGACAGAUUAUGUCCACAGGGUUGGCAGAACUGCUCGAGUUGGUCAAAAAGGAGAAGCCACUUUAUUUCUAACACCCCACGAAGCAAUGUUUAUAUCUAAACUACAAGAUCAUUCUAUUGUGUCUUCAGAACUUAAAAUGGAUAAAUGCUUGCAAUCUAUUUUGACAAUGGAGUUUGAAGGAGAAUUUGUUAAAACUGCUGAAAUGGCGGCAAAUAUAUUGCAAUCCCGUUUUGAAACAGCAGUAUUAGAUCAAGAUCGACUUCAUGAAUUGGGUUGUAAAGCAUUCAAAUCAUGGGUUAGAUCAUACGCUAGUUAUCCGAAAACAAGUCGUGAAGUUUUCAACUUUAAGGAUUGUCAUCUAGGUCAUUAUGCCAAAAGUUUUGCUAUACGAGAUGCACCAAGGAUAAUCGGAGGAAUCGGUAAACCAAAAAAAGAUCCAAGAAUGAAGAAUCAAAGGAAAAUGCCGAAAAUCGACAGUGGACCGUUGUUCAAGAAAAGGAAAUACGACCGAAUGACAAAUACUUCAGAGUUCGACAGCGGCCUGAAAUCAAAAAAGCGGAAAAUGAAUUAAAAUUAUUAUUUUUUGUUUUGUUAAAUGUUAAACAAUGUUUUUAAUAUUAUAACAAGCGUAUGUUGUCUCUCAAUAUAACAAUUAUAUAUUUCGUUCCAUA